GGUAGGGCUAGCGGAGUUGAGGUAAUGUUGCAUCAGAUUGAAGUUUUUUGUGAUUUAUUUUCUUACUAUUAAAAUGAAUUUAGGACCAUAAUUGCUUAUUAAUGUAUCAGGUAAAAUUUUUGAUAGCUGUUACCUAAAAAUAACACUUUCUGAAAACGUUUCUUCCAUAAUAUGUGUGUUUUUCCAAUGCAGCGUAAGGUUUUUGUUGUCCAUCACUAUUAAUGCUAAGCUACCGCCAACAACUCUGCGGAAGUUAUUUACUUGCCACUAUAAACGUAAACAGGACAAUGUUCUUCCCGCAAACUCACUCUACAGUUUAAAAUAGUCUGCCGAUGUGACAGCACUCUGGAAUGCGUUUUAUAAUACCAGGACACUGUAGUCGGCCGUUUUGUGUUUGUUUUAUCCUCUAAACGGUUAACCUGGGAAACUAUUAGCAUCAAAACAGGAAUGGCCAAACACGCAGUGUUGUCAUCAGGAGCCAAAAUGUGGAGAUCAGUGGCUUGUGCAAAGUCAGAACUUCGUCUGGAUCUCACUCUUGCAUGUGGACAAUCCUUUCGCUGGAAAGAAACUGCUGUAGGACACUGGACUGGAGUGAUGGGAGGGCGAGUGUGGACUCUGACCCAAACAGAUGACACUCUCUGGUACUACAUUUACAAAAUCCAGGACACACAGAAGGAGGAAGGUGACAAGAAGAAAAGAACUGAUGGUUGUCUCCAGAAAGGAAACAAGGUAAAGAAUGCUUUCAAAGCUGAUCUGAAGAAAGAAGAGGAAGAGCCACUUGCUGUUACUUCAGUACAGAACAGUGAGGAGGAAGAGAAGAUGCUGAGAGAUUACUUCCAGCUGAAUGUGAACCUUGGUGAUCUGUACAGGGAUGUGGGAGCAACAGAUUGCCACUUCAAGCGCAUUGCUGACAUCUUCAGCGGUGUGCGAAUGCUCCGCCAGGACCCCACUGAAUGCCUGUUUUCCAUCAUCUGCACCUCCAAUAACCACAUCUCUCGUAUUCAGGGCAUGGUGGAGAGACUGUGUCAGGCUCUGGGAAUGCCGCUGUGCCAACUGGAUCAAACUUCAUACCAUGACUUUCCUACACUGUCUGCACUUGCAGAGAGCAGCGUAGAGGCACGUCUCAGGGAUCUCGGCUUUGGAUACAGGGCUCGGUUCCUCCAGCAGAGCGCGAAGCAGAUUCUGGACACCCAUGGGCCUCAGUGGCUCGACAGCCUACGCGAAGUCCCAUAUCUCGAGGCCCGUGAUGCUCUUCGUACUCUCCCUGGCGUUGGCGCCAAGGUAGCAGACUGUGUAUGUCUGAUGUCCCUGAAUAAGUCGGAGGCUGUGCCCAUCGACACGCACGUUUGGCAGAUUGCCAAGCGAGACUAUAAAUAUGCUGCUGGCAGUGGACAAAAGAGCAUCACAGACAGGCUUUACAGAGAUAUUGGAGAUUUUUUCAGGAAGCAGUGGGGACCUUAUGCUGGUUGGGUACAAUCCGUGUUGUUCUGUGCGGACCUCAAGAAGUUCCAAAGCGUCAAAGAAAGGUCACAUGUGAAGCAGGCAAAGGAAGAGGAUGUAGAGGAGAGAAUAGCCACAUGCAAGAAAGCGAAAAUGAAGAGAGAAUACAACGGCACUGUGAAGAAUCUGAAAACAGAGCCAGCAUGUCACAAGAAAGCAAAGGUGUCUGUCAAAAGGGAGAAGGUGGUAUGAGGUGAACAAGCUCCUUACAUCAGGAUUUACAUAACAUUAUACUACUGCACAUCUUCACACAUCUUUUCUGAUUCAUUUGGAAACUAAAUGAAAUCAUAUAUAGGUGAUUUAUUAUUCUGAAAUGUGACAUAAAACAGGUUAUUGUGUGUAACUUCUCAGGGGUUUUGUUUACAUGUGUGUUUUCUGUGACAUUGUCUGCUAUCCUGUGAGUCCAUUAGAGAACAUAUGAAAUCAUUGCAGAUUUUUACAAUAAAAAUGAAAUACUUAA